AUGGGGGGUACUGUCAGCAAUCCACUUGCCUUUCGCCGGGCUAUUGUUUCGCUGCAUUACAAGGAACACCCACUUUCAGGCGACGCCGGUGACCUGGAGCUUUUUUGGCGCGCGCUCUUUUGCACUUGGUUAAGCGACGAGCAGCUUGCCUCAUUCUGGACGGCGGAGGAUGUACGAUUGCUGCGCAUGUACCGCCCGGGCCGGCUGGCUGCGGUCCUCAUUGCCUCCAUGCAACAGUUGGAGGCACUUAUUGCGCUGAGCUGCGAGGCGGCGGCGGAGUUGGACCCUGGCAACAGCGGGGAUGUGGGUGAGAACCCCUCUGGCGGUGGCCUCGCCACCGUCAAGGUGGAGGGGGCGAUGAAUUAUAUGCAGCCACAACCGUCGCUGCGCAGAAGGGAGGGGAGGGCGCUUAACCCGUGCGCCGCGCUGAACGCCCUGCGGUUGAUUGGCGGGGCGCUCCCCUACUGUUUUGAGGAUAUUGAGGAGCUGACGGCGUUGCUCCGCGAGGAUGCAGACGCGACAGCGAGAGGUGGGCGCAUUCCCGUUAUUGUCUCGCAACGCACGCGCGAAUUGAUGGAUGUGGCGAAUCGGACGGAAAGCCCCUACGCGGCGGAUUUUGCCUAUCACUUUUUCUUCCGCGGGGAAUUCUGCCCUUCGCCACCCCAGACUUCGCCGGGCACGCAACUCGUGGAGUUGUACCUUAAGCUGUUGUUUAUGCCAGGCGUCAUGACGGCCGCUGUACCGUGCCGCGACACGGAACCGCGGCAAGAGCCCUCGCACGCGUCCUCGGAGGCGGCCUUCAAUGCGGAGUUACUGCUGCUCCUCCGCCAAGGCUGCGUGUCGCCUGCCCUCCUGUUCAGCCUCGUGCGCGGCGCAACACCAGCGGACGUCCAGGACCGUUUGGCCAACAACCAGAUCGGCGGCAGCAGCAGCAGCAACGUCUCGCCAGAGAUCAACUGGUCACGUGCGCAGCCUGCGUUUGCACUGGGUAGCGACUACCACGCCAUCAUUCUACGCACCCUUCUGCUGCUGCUCUCUGGGCCCAUUUACGCCCCUGCCGCGGAGGUAGGCCCAGCAACAGCAGGGGAGUUGGAAAAACGAAAUUGCUCAAAACGACGACGUGAGGCAACGAGUGCCUUGAUGGCCAGUGAAUUGUUCGAUGGCGAGAAGCAGUCCUUGGCAGCAGUACUGUGUGCCUCACUGUUAUACACGGUGCGGUUUUAUGCCAAGAAGUCCACGACGCCCUCCAGCUACGCUGCCGUCUUUUCAAAGAGACCACGCUCCUUGGCGGCGCAUACGGCCGUGCUGGGGCAUGCACUUGCCAUCCUUGCCAUGGGUAUCUACAGCGGCCCAUCUAUUUUGUGCUCUGACCCACAGCUGCCCGUCCCAUCCGAAAGUCGUGUGUCGAACGUUUUUUUCAGCCUUGUGAAGGCCGUGCUGGACCGCGCGGAGACACACUUCUCUGCUGACAGCGACACAGCGACGUCACAGCAAUCGAGCAUACACUUACCAGACCAACUAGGGCACGGUGAGACGGACUCGUUGAGUUAUGCCCGGAGUCUUGUGGAGGCUAUGCUAAUCUUGCUGGAGAACCCGUUGAGGGCUUCGGUGGAGAAAGACCCGCAGGUGAGCAUCCCUUGUGCACCAUUGGUGUUGCAUUUGCUCCUUUGGGUGAUGCAGCAAAGCCAGGUUGCCCUUGACAUUAUUGGGGGUCGACCGUAUUCCUUCAUGGCAUUUAUCCACAGUAUACUUGUAUCGAGUAAGGUCUCAUUAAGUCGCUUUGGUGAGGGGCAGCUCUCACUUCUUUGUCUUCUUAUUCUGCUGCGACGGCCAUCGUUCCUGAAGCUCCUUGCCACACGGCUGCCAUCACACGCCUCAGGUGCGACAGCGACGGAGGUGGAGAAGUUUAUGCGCGUACUUCGAGUCGCCAUGCCGAUGCUGCCACAAAGUAUUCGCAUAACCGCUGACAGUGAUGGAGAAGGCACUUUUGGUGGGGAAAAAGACUCGGAUACACUUUGCCUUUACAGCUAUGGGAACCUGCUUGUGUUGGCCAUGUGCUAUGUCCUCUCCCCCAGCUCCCCGCGCUGGUUCCGGCCGCUGUACAGAUCAGCGGUGGAGGUUCUGCACACGCUGCAGGUCGUCUUCACGCAUGCCACCCUGAUACCAAAUGUGUGCCUGCGGCGGCAUGUUCUCAAUGAACAUGUGAUGUUGGAGUUGGUGAGUAGCCUGGCCCACCUGAGUUCGCGCCGGGUGCUGCGCUUAGGUACGGAGCCGCAGCGUGCAUGUCUGAAGAUGAUACAUGUACUGCUGGCGCUCAUUCAAUCCACCAUCGGCCCUGUGCAGAACGCAGAUGGCUCCUGGUGCUCCGCCGCCAGGCGCGUUGGGGAACUAGAUGGGAUGGAGCUCGUUCCGCUCUUGUGGAAGCUGGCUGUGGGGGACAGCCUCCGUGCUCUCGCGGGGCUGACUUCCACGGCGGCCGGGCCAUGGCAGGAGGAAUUUGGGGCGGAGGCGGAGAGCGCAAUCAACGCAGAAGAGGUCAUCUUGGAAGACUCCAUGUCGUUCAGUAACCCCUUCACAAUUCCGAAGGGUGAGCGGGGGGGUAUGGAGCCUCCCACAACAGUUGCCUCCGGCGCUGCGGGUGUGUCUUCCACAGUCACCUCGCUGCAUGACUUUGCGCGUCAGUUGUUGAACUCCAAGGAGUUCAACAAGCUUUAUCGUAUUGUUUCUGCCGUCCGCGUUGGGCUGAACAACGAACAAGAGAGACCUGCAUCCGUGUCACAUCCGACAGUGGAUUUUGGUGGGGAGGAUUUACGCGGCCCCAUGAUGAUGAGCCCCGCUGGGUCACUGCCAGUCUCCAGGCGGAUAUGCCGGGAUCCUGAAGGGUGUCAAUUUGCGUGGGCUGUGCUGCAGAACGCCGCAGCGGUGUUGGAUGAAAUACAAGCGCAUGAACGCGAGGAUGAGGAAGCAGGAGGAGGAAGAGUGGGUGACACGUAUGGUCUGAAGGAGAAGGGAUCGGGGGCUAUGCUUUCCGGUGGCGUCACCAUCGCACGCAGGCUAGUGAUUGACAGCGGUGGUACCGGCAGACGCUGGCUGCUCGUACAACUCUGGCGUCAGGUUCACAUGUUUAACUUGUCGCCGGCUAUGUUCGACUACCGGAGCACGCUAAUAAUGUAG